AUGCAAGAUUCUGGAUACUGCAAAACAAGUGCAACGCCAUUCGAUAGUGAUCAGAUAUCCACGGCAGCCGUGAUGUCGCUAAGCACGGACACUGUUAUGAGCAUGACCCCGGGCACGCAUGCCUCAGCCAUGCCACCGUCCGCUACACGGAGGGAUGCCGACACUAUGCUAACUGCAAUGCCGAUAAGCCCAGGAAAACUGAGAACACUUGUCAAAUGCAGGAAUGUAGAAGAUAAUCUUGAGACAGAAGACGUGAUUACAGCUCUAAGCAUUGAACAGUAG